CACACGGUUCCCACAGCUCCUACGGCUCCCAGCGCUCAGACGGGCAGAGCUGAAGCCCUUCUCCUCUCGUCCUGUCUCUCUCAUGCAUAUUUGAUUUGCCUGAUGGAAGUUUGUUUUCUAAAGACGUUCUUUGGAGAGAGCCAUAUGAUGGCCUAACGCAAUUACCAAGAUACCACUAAGGGCAGAGCAGGAUGAGGGUUGAUAUCGUCUUCGCUCUGUCUCUUGUCUUCGGACUCGUGAAAUGUGAGGGUGCGACUCUUCCGGGUAAACCGGUUGUGGAGAGCUGCCGGUCUCCAGAGAAAGAGACGUUCAGCUGCAGGUGGAGGCCUGGGACUGACGGAGGCCUGCCCACCACACACCGCCUCUUCUACACCAAAGAGAACUCGGAGGGGACCUUUGAAUGUCCGGACUACCGGUCGGCCGGGGAGCACUCGUGUUUCUUCGACCGGAACCACACGUCGGUGUGGGUGAGCUACUGGGUGAGGGUGCUGGCCUCCAACGCCCUGGGGGACACCAGCUCAGACACCCUGGAGGUGGACGUGGUGAACAUCGUGCAGCCCGGCCCCCCUGAGAACGUGAGCCUGGUGCUGGAGGUGCUGGAGGGGACCCCCUACCUCCACGUGGAGUGGCGCCCCCCUGCCGAGACCGAUGUUAGUUCCGGAUGGGUCACCGUCAACUACCAACUCAGGGUGAAGGCGGCCGGACAGAUGGACUGGGAGCGUUCUGUUCCGUGUGUUCUGCAGGAGUACGUGGCGGGGAAGCAGAGCCACUUCAACAUCCACAGCCUGCACUCCGGGGAGCGCUACGAGGUGCAGGUCCGCUGCCGAUUGGACCACGGCCACUGGAGCAUCUGGAGCCCCGCCUCCUCCCUCAUCCUGCCCCACUAUGCCCUGAAGCAGCGCCUGCUGUGGAGUGUGGUCAGCGUGGUGUCGGUGGUCCUAAUCACCGCCGUGUUGUGCCUGCUCAUCAUGAAGAGGAAGACGUUGAAGGGGUGGCUCCUGCCUCCGAUUCCUGGACCCAAGAUCCAAGGGUUCGUCUCCCAGCCGCUCCAGGGCCGGUGUUCUGGGGACUUCCUGUACGGCCUGGUCCCCCAGGGGUUCCCCCCGACGCAGGCCCUCAGGGACCCCCCCGAGGAGCACCUGGUGGUGUGUGACGGGCGGGAGGGCCGGGCCCCCAACGGGCACAAGUCCCCCGUCAGGAGCCGGAUCCUCCCGGGGUUCUACCGGCUGCCCCGCCUCGGCUGGGAGGGAGGCCCCGCCCCCGAGGGAGGCUCCGCCCCCGGCCUCGCUCAUGGGCCCCUGGCGGUGGAGGGCGGAGCCUCUCCGGGCCUCGGGGACUCCGCCCUCCCGGGGGGUUGGAAUAUCGGGGCCGGCUCCGUUGAGGACCUCGUUGAGGACCUCGGCCCCGGGGGGCCGGCGGGGCCCGCCCCCCCGGGGCCGAGGAGCACCGCGGGGAGGGGCGGGGCGGCCGAGGAGGAGGAGUACAGCAGGGUGAGCCGGGUCCGGGACAACGUGGUGGUCCUGGAGCACCAGCCACCCCGGGACCCCUCCCCCCAGCCCCCCCGGGACCCCAAGCAGAGGGCCGCCUGGGGGUCCCUGGAGGGCGGAUACGUCGACCCUUCGCGGCCCUGAUCCAGUACCACCGCUCUCUGUGGUUCAGCCUUUAUUUAUUACUGCCUGUAUCCUGUGUGCUCGUGUCAGCCAAUCAGAGGUGACCCUGGGGAACGAGGGACGGCUGGAGAAACGCUGCGGACUCUGUAGCAGUUGCUCGCUACUCGCAGGUCGAGCCUCAGGAGGUCUCCCCGCCUCAGGAGGUCUCCCCGCUCCGGUCUAGGGAACGGAUCCUGCUGUCGUGUCUAGGAUGUGAUACCGCCCGCCGGUACAUCAGAGCCAGAAGCCGCUCCUACUCUCUGUGAUAUUCAUGUUAAAUAUUAAAUAUGUAAGCCCUUUUCA